AUGGAUUGUAGAAAGAGGAAAAAGUCUGGGCCUGAAGUUACAUCUUUGGAUGCAAGUAAAGAGCAGUUUAUGGAGAUUCCAAAGAAGCAGAGUAUCAUGAACAAGGAACAGGUAAUGGAGGUCCAACAACAUGAAAGAGUUAGAAACAAGGAGCAAGCAAGAGCUCAACAGAAAGGCAGUAGGUUGAAUGUUCAGAAAAAGGAAUUUAAGACGAAGAAACCCAAAGAGGAUAAGGGGAAAGGACAGAUGAUAGUGUUUGGUCAAAAUGAGGUGGGAGAGUCUUCUGAGGCAAAUGAUGCACAUCUUAUAAUUUUGUGGUUUCUCCCAAGUCAAAAGUGGAUGAUGAUUAGGAAGCAAGUGCUGAACAAUUUUGCGUCAAUAAGGAUCAUCCCUUGUCCAGAAAAGGGAUUCUAUGUUCCAUCCAUCAACCAAAGAGAUCCAACCCUUGAGCAUAAUAAUCCAAAAAUGGGUGAGAUUACGAUUAAUUCAGUUGAUAGAAUUUUUGAGAAGCUCUCAACAGAAAGAACGAACGGGACAAUGUCUCUUCGGUUCGACUCUAUACAAGAUCUUGAUUAUUCUGAAGAAUUUGCUGGAAUGGCUGCAUUUAGUGAAGAAUAUGAGCCUAAUGCUGAGUUAUUUGAGGAAGAAAGUGCAGAGGAACAUGUAUCAGGUGCUCCCAGUAGUCAAUUGGUUCCGAGUGUAAGUGCUGUGCCUUUUAUUCCAUUGAAUGUGAAGAACCCACCACCAUUCUUAUUGGAAGAAAUCCAUAGGUGA